AUGUGGAGGCCGUCCAAGAAGGCAGGGGAGGAGUAUCAGCCCCGUAGGCAGCUCAUGGUUGCGGGGGACCAAGCAUGGCGCAAGUUUCUGAAGUGGCCGGAGUACUUGGGGCUUAAGGCGGAGCUGCUGAGGGAAGACAACAGCUUCACGGACCCUGGGCGGACGCUGUUCCUCUCGACGCGGUGUGGUGACCGUUCCAGCGUAAUGGACUCUUCUGCUGUGUCACCGCCCCAGGAGGACGGCCUCUUUGCUGACCCGUUGUCCUCCUUUCUGUCCGUUUCAACUGUUCGCUUGUGUGUCACAGUGGAACCCAAGGUAUCGCAGUGUGCAUGCCAGAUCCACACGCAGCAGGGGCUGUACCUGAAGGCCUUCGAGAUGUUGAUGCCUGCAAUGCAUGCCAACUGUGACUGCACGUGCAAGUGGUGCGACGGGGGGAGUGGGUGUGGAAAGUGGAUGGCCAUGUGUAAAGAUCUGCACAGCUUUUCAGAGGCUUUGGAUUGCGAGAAGGUAGACUGCCUUGAGGAGGACCGAGGGGGUAGGUUUGAGCACUGGGGGGGGAAGCCCGCAUGCGUUGCGAUGGAAUGCUCCGAAUGCAGGUUUGGCAACCCAGAUGACAUCCCCAUGAACUGCGAUGCCCUGGGGUCCAUGGCGGACAGAGUAGUCGGAUGGCUUCGAUUCGAGGAUCAAGUCAUGGAGGAUGGCAAGGUGCACAAGAAGCAGCAGAUACCCCAGGCCGGAAAACUGGGCGAUCUGUGGAAGGAGUUUGUGGAGCACUCGAAGAAGUACAUUCAUCACCACGAGCUAGCAAAGUGGCAGCGCCAAGCCCACAACAUGUGCCUGGCGACGUUCUCCAAAGGCGAGCUGUUGGUGGAGACCGACUUUAUCGAGAAGUACAAGCACGAGGCUGGCGCUAUCUUGACGUGCGCUACUGCGCCCUCCACGACCAUGAUGGUGGCUCUAGUUCACCACAGUCCUGACGACGACGGUCGGCAUGAGACAGACACAUGGGUAGUCGUAUCGAGUGACCCCAACCAUGACUUCGAUUUCCACAUCUACGCCAUGGACAUCAUCCUUCGGUACUACAUCACGGGGGAUGGGCGGGCCGCUACUGCUGGAACACCGGUCCCCACGGUGCACAUCUUCACCGACGGGUGCGCCAAACAGUACAAGGGGAAGCGCAACUUUCACGCUGUGGCCAAGAGCUUGCACAGGCUUGGUGUCGUCCUCAUCCACAACUUCGCGGUCACGUCGCACUUCAAAGGCGCCCACGAUGGCAUCGGAGGGUUGCUGAAGGCUCUACUGCGAGAAGCGGAGAAAAGGGGCCAGCGCAUCCACGACACCGAAGCCGCAGCCGACUUCCUCAAAGCCUACGCCGAGGCAAAGGAGGAUGGAGGAGGCCACUUUUCAACCUGGUCUCCCUACCGAAUCAGGAGGUUCCACAUCAAGCUUCUUGGACACCGAGAGAUCCCUCGCCCGUUCGUAGAUUUGAUGGGCAUCUCUGGGAGUUCCAAGCUGUACCAGUUCAUGGCAGCGGAGGUCCAGGAGGAGGAGAGCUCGGGCGUAGGCGUAGAGGUGCAGAAGGAGAACGGGGUUCCCCUCGUAGGUGGCGAGAAAGAGGUUUAGCUACCCCGCAGAGAUGGCAGGCGGACGAAUCAACUGUUCUGACGCUUCCGGCUGUCACGAAGCGAUACAAGCUAUGCGUUCGCCAGGCGUCGUCAUACUGCUCGAAGUGUAGGUUGGAGGUUACGACGACUGCGUCCCGGCAAAGAAGUACGCGAGGAUGGUGGGUAUGGUGAAGGCUGUGUCGGGCAAGCAUAAGGUUACUCGGGCGUCUUGUGGUGUAGGGAAUUGAAGGGUGUCCGUGGUGCUCGUCAUGUUCUCGUGAUUGGCGCCUUGUUCUCUUCCAUGUUCUUUGGUUUUUCGGGGUAAUUUUGUUGCAGUAUUUGUACGUUUUUUGUUGCUGUGUGCUGUUUGUUGCAUGUUGCUGUUCAUAUGCAGCAGCAGGUCGUCUCCCUUGCGGUUUGGGAUAUCAAAGAAGGGUCUCCAGCAGGAGAAAACAAUAUUUGCCGGCGUAUGUGGCUAAUAUUUUCACGGUGUGUCGCCGAAAUGGGCUGUCUUUUCCAUAUA